AAAUGCGGAAUUCGGGGAGGGCUCGCACGCCUGGGCCGAUGGAAGUGGGGGUGGGGUGGGGCGAGCGUCACAGGUCCUGACAGGGAAGAAGUUGGCAGGUCCUGGCAGGGGACGAGCUGCGGCGGGGGCACCUCCGGGUAUGGAAGGCUCCAGUGAGAUGGAGUCGCGAGUUGCCGACACUGGGGACUGCGAGACUGCGCGAGCAGCGGGGGAGGAUCCGGCAAUUGGCUGCACCGCUCGGGGGCCCGUAGUCUCGGCGCCCCUGGGAGCCGCCCGGUGGAAGCUCCUGCGGCAGGUUCUGAAGCAAAAACACCUGGAUGAUUGUCUGCGACAUGUAUCUGUAAGAAGAUUUGAAUCAUUUAAUCUGUUUUCAGUAACAGAAGCCAAAAAAAGGGAAACUGAAGAGGAGGUUGGUGCAUGGGUCCAAUAUACAAGCAUCUUCUAUCCUGAAUACAGUAUCUCCUUAAGGCAGAAUAGUGGAUCCCUGAAUGUUGAAGAUGUUCUUACCAGCUUUGACAACACAGGAAAUGUUUGCAUCUGGCCAUCCGAAGAGGUUUUGGCUUACUACUGCCUCAAGCACAAUAAUAUAUUCAGGGCCCUUGCUGUGUGUGAGCUAGGGGGUGGCAUGACAUGCUUGGCUGGGCUCAUGGUUGCUAUUUCUGCAGAUGUCAAAGAAGUUCUGUUAACUGAUGGGAAUGAAAAGGCCAUCAGAAAUGUGCAAGACAUCAUCGCAAGGAAUCAGAAGGCUGGUGUGUUUAAGACCCAGAAAAUAUCAAGCUGCGUUUUACGAUGGGAUAAUGAGACAGAUGUCUCUCAACUGGAAGGACAUUUUGACAUUGUUAUGUGUGCUGACUGCCUGUUUCUGGACCAGUACAGAGCCAGCCUUGUUGAUGCAAUAAAGAGAUUACUCCGGCCCAGGGGGAAAGCAAUGGUAUUCGCCCCACGCCGAGGGAAUACUUUAAACCAGUUUUGCAAUCUAGCUGAAAAAGCUGGUUUCUCUAUCCAAAGACAUGAAAAUUAUGAUGAACACAUUUCAAACUUCCACUCCAAGUUGAAAAAGGAAAACCCGGACAUAUAUGAAGAAAACCUUCAUUACCCUCUUCUGCUUAUUUUAACCAAACAUGGAUAGAAGAUUAAGCUUCUCAAAGAUGAAGAAAAGUAUCAAGUGCACAGGGAAAAUUUUUACAAACACAGAAAUCUGUAAUGGGUAUCAUCACCUGCCCACUCCCUUUGCAGCAUUUCACGUGUGGGCUGUGGACUCCACCUGUCCUCACCCAUGCUGUUCCCCAGCUGCCCUCUCCAGAUCCCUCCCUGCCUCUUUUUUACAGUCUGCUUGUUGCUCUUCCUGCCCUAAACCUUUAUUUGUCUUUAAAUAUGUAUAAGCCGCCUGUCUGAGACUUCAAUUGACUGGUGAACAACCUAAAUAUUUUUCCCUCUAAUUGAGACAGAAUUUCUUUUGAUGAUACCCAUCCCUUCUUAAAUUUUUUUUUUUUUUUGUCUUUGUUCUGUUUUGGUGAUGGUAGUUUUUAAUCAGUAAACCCAGCAAAUAUCACGAUUCUUUCCUGGUUAAAGAAAUAAAUAAAGCACAUCUUUCUUAUCUCUCUCCAA